AUGAAUCAAAAGCAAAGUAUCUCCCAUGUUAUUUCUAACCAAAGUAGUAGUCAACAAAAAAAUUGUAGGACAAGGUUGAUUGCGGUGCUAGACUGUACUAGAUUCCUCUUGAUGCAAGGAUUGUCAUCUCGUGGUCAUGAUGAAUCGAAAGAGUCUCUUAAUAAAGAAAAUCUGAUUGAGCUACUAAAUUGGUAUGCAGCUCAUCGUAAGAAAAUUAAUGAAGUACUAUUUAUUAAUGCUCCUGGAAAUGACCAAAUGACUUCACCAAGCAUCCAUAAGGAUUUGGUUAAUUGGUGUGCUGUAGAGACGAUAAUGUCUAUGAUCAAUGAGAUGGGCGAUUCCUUGUUUUCAAUUUUGAUUGAUGAGUCUCGUGAUAAUUCUAUAAAAGAACAAAUAACAGUUGUUUUGAGGCUUUGCCACAUCGCUGAUACUUGUGCCCACUCACUCAAGGAUGCCAUUGAUGCAAUAUUUUCUACACAUGGGUUGAGCUUAUCUAGUCUGAGAGGUCAAGGUUAUGAUGGAACAAGCAAUAUGUCAGGUGAGUUCAAUGGCUUAAAAGCUUUAAUUUUAAGAGAGAACCUAUGUGUUAUGUAUAUUCAUUGCUUUGCUCACCAGCUUCAGUUGACAGUUGUUUCUGUUGCACUUAGGAAUGUUAUGCUUAGCGAUUUAUUUAACAUGCUUGCUAUUAUUGUGAAUUUGGUUGAUGCAUCAUGUAAACGUAUAAAUGCUCUUCGAACAAGUUAUCGUGUUGAAAUUCUGGAGAGGCUUAAUAUUGAUGAACUUUCUGGUGGAACUGGUCAGUUUCAAGAAAUGAGUUUGGCAUGCUCUGGUGAUACUAGAUGGAGCUCACAUCUAAAGACAGUUACUCGCUUUAUUAGUAUGUUUAAUGCGAUCAUAGAUGUUCUUGAAAAUAUAUCAGAAGACAGCAUAAGUUUACAGCAAAAAUUAAUGGCCGUAAGACAGAUGGACACUAUGCAAGAUUUUCAAUUUGUGUUCAGUCUCCAUUUUAUGUUUGAAAUUCUUGCAAUUACAGACGACCUUUCACAAGCCUUACAGAAAAAGAAUCAGAAUAUUCAGAAUGCUAUGAGAUUAUUGAAGUUGUGUAAGUACGCAUUGCAGAAUAUGAGAGACAGUGGUUGGGAUACUUUGUUGAGUAAGGUAAUUUAG